AUGAUUGAAGAGCCCGUGCGGAAGGACAGCGAGAUCAGAUGCCCAAACUCCAGCAUGGGCUGUGGACACAAGGAUGACAAAGCCAGCCUGGCUUCGAGCCAGACAGCUUCCUUCAGCCACCAGCCUCAUCAACCCCCUUCCCCUCCUACCUCCAAGGAAGUGUGGAAAAAGGGCGGCCGCAUGUUCUCCAUCCUGCUGGCCGUGCACCUAGCCCUGCUGGCCUGCACGCUGGUGAGCAGCGGUGCUUUUGAGAAGAUCGCCGUGCAUGACUAUGAUGUGUUCUUCCUGCUGACCAUCAUGAUGCUGAUAGUCAUCGUAUGGAUAAUCUUCUACCUCGUCAGCACCUCCCGGUGCCCAGAUGCCAUCCCCUGCAAAGACUCCCACGCAGGGCCUGUCUGGCUGAGAGGAGGCCUAAUCCUAUUUGCCAUUUUCAGCCUUGUCAUGGAUGUGUUCAAAAUAGGAUAUUACUCCAGCUUCUACAGCUGCCUAUCUGCUAUCAAAAUCAUCUACCCCAUUGUACAAGCAAUAUUCGUGAUCAUCCAGACAUACUUCCUGUGGGUCUCUGCCAAAGAUUGCGUCCACGUACACCUGAACGUUACCAGGUGUGGCUUGAUGCUGACAUUGACCACAAACUUAGCAGUGUGGAUGUCAGCAGUGACAGACGAGUCUGUUCACAAAGCACAUUCAAAGUUGAAGAAAAAUGUGACAGAAGAAAUCUUUAAAUGGCUCAUGAAAGGAAUGAGAAGUGGCUCAACCGAAGAAUGCAAUUGCAAUAGCCAAAUCUGCCAGAUCUUCAAGAACGGCUACUUUUGGCUAUACCCCUUUAACAUUGAGUACAGUCUCUUUGCCUCUGCCAUGGUUUAUGUCAUGUGGAAGAAUGUUGGACGCUUUAUAGACCACCACUCCCACCACAUUCACCGCCUGAAGUUCAGGCUCUUUCAAAGGACCUUCUUCGUAGGCAUCGUGUUGGGCCUCAUCACCUUGGUGAGUGGUUUGGGAGUCCUUAUUGUUUAUGAGGUGCAGGUAAAUUCCAGCAAUGACUCCAGCAAGAAGAACGAAGCACUCACCAUGUACUACAUCUUCAACAUUGUUUGUCUGGGCCUCAUGUCUCUUGUCUGCAUUGGUGGCUCUGUCACCUACCGCUUUGAUAAGAGAGACAUGGAUCGCCACAAGAACCCAACCAGGACCCUGGACGUGGCCCUGCUGAUGGGUGCUGCCUUGGGGCAGUAUGCUAUUUCUUACUAUUCCAUUGUGGCCAUCGUGGCCAGCACAUCGAGGGACGCUAUCAGUGCACUCAACCUCACCUAUGCCCUCCUGAUGAUUGCCCAGCACACCUUCCAAAAUAUCUUCAUCAUUGAAGGCCUUCAUCGGCAACCCCCCAAGGAAGACCGCAAACAUGAUCUGCACCAAAAGAAUCCUUAUGGACUCACCUUUGUCAAUGUCAAUGCGGUGUCCCUCCGCAUACCCGACAGUGGCAGCGCCUUGGCACCCAGCACUGUCCCUGGCAUUGAAGCCAUCCAUCCUUCUGAGCUCGUGCAGUCCCUCACAGGCUCCAAGAAGAUGAACUGGAGGAGGAAGUUCUUAAGGGAGAUCUCCAUGUUCCUCCUGCUGAGCAAUAUCAUACUCUGGAUCAUGCCAGCGUUUGGUGCCCGGCCUCAGUUCGACAACGAUAAAGAACUGAACUUCUAUGGUGAUUCCAUGUGGCCGGCCAUCGUGGACAUUUGCCUGCCCUUUGGGAUCUUCUACCGAAUGCAUGCAGUGGCCAGCUUGCUGGAGGUCUACAUCAUGUCCUAA